GUUGUGUAAAGUAACUUCUGCAGUGUUAGUAAUAAAUUCAUACAUAAUACUUUCCUGUAUAAUCCCUACUGCAAAAUCUAACCAUACUAUUGCUCGUCGUUCCAUACCUUACGCCCGUAACUGUGCUGAAGCAACAGCAUAUUCUCAGCGUAGUGGGAUCUACGAAAUUCUAAUUCCCAGCUACAGUCAAUAUCCCUUUAGAGUGUCAUGUGAUUCGGAGACUCAUGGAGGUGGUUGGACUGUAAUUUUGAGGCGGAUUAAUGGAAAAGAAGAUUUUAAUCGCAACUGGAAUGAUUGCAAAAACGGUUUCGGCGAAAUGGAUGGAGAGUUCUUUUUGGGAUUGGACAAAAUAAAUGCAUUGACGCUCAAGAGUCAGAAAUUGCUUGUAGUUGUCGAAGACUUCGAUGGAAAUAAUACUUAUGAGUUAUAUGAUAAAUUUGCAAUUGGCAGCGAGGACGAACAAUAUAUACUACACACUCUCGGGUCAGCGAGUGGGACUGCUGGAGAUUCACUCAGAAGACAACAGGGCAUGAAAUUUACCACAUUUGACCAAGAUAAUGAUACUUAUGAGGCGAAAAACUGCGCCGUACGUUUUCCUGGCCCCUGGUGGUACGCUAAUUGUCACGAUAGCCACUUGGCGGGAGUAUAUAAUAACAACAAAUUUGGUGUAGGCGUCAAUUGGGAUACUUUUCGCGGUCCAAAUUACUCUCUUAAAAGGGCCGAAAUGAUGAUACGGCCAAGAGAUUAAAUAUUGAUCCUUUUAUAUAUGUGUCAAAUUCGGUUCCUUUCAAUUAAUUUAAUUAUAUUCCUACUUGAAUAAACAUUUUAUAUUAAUAGGAUAUAA